AUGGAUGCCGUCAGCUUUGCCGUGAGCCGACCUAACAAAACCCAACCAUUAUAUGAAGGUUUCAGGAUUGAGGCCAGCAAGAGACUUCAGGACCCCUGCAAACUGUUCAUCGGGGGACUUGCCCGCGAAAUCAGUAAGCAAGUUCUUCUUGAAUAUUUGUGUCAGUUUGGCGACAUCAUAGACUUUACAAUUAAAACCGACCCAAUCACUGGCCUCUCCAGAGGGUUCGGAUUCGUGCUUUUCAAAGAUAGUGCCACCGCUGAAAAGGUGCUCCAAAAAGAAGAGCACAAACUGGAUGGCAAGAAAAUAGAUAUUAAAAGGGCUAAAGCCGUGGAACCCAUAUUCCCUCCGAGAAGGGUUUUUGUGGGCGGGCUGAACCCUCAAGUGUCUGAAGAACAAGUCAGAGCAUACUUUGGGGCAUUUGGAGAGAUUGAGGAUAUUGGGUUUCCAGUGUGUCCGAGAACAAAAGAAAGGCGAGCUUUCUGUUUUGUCACGUUUACUAAUCAUGCAUCAGCGAGUAAGCUGUUAGAAAACAGAUACCAUGUAAUUGGCUCUGGGCAGUGUGAAAUUAAAAUUGCCUUCCCAAAAUUACUUACGCGGUCACAACAAAAGUGGGUAACAAAUGUUCCAUUUGCUGGGGUAGGCAAUUGCUGGGGAGAAAGAAGCGGCUUCCAAGCAAACCCAAAUGCUUGGGAAGCAAACAGAGAUGUUCUUGGUGGCAUCCAACAUAUUGCUGGUGCAAACAGGGAUGCUCUCGGAGAAAACCAACAUGUGUGGGGAGCACCCCUAUAUGCCUGGGGAGCAUGCCAGUAUGCGUGGGGAGCACCCCAAUAUGCCUGGGGAGCAUCCCAGUAUAUGUGGAGAGCAUGCCAAUAUGCUUGGGGAGCAAACCAAGUUGCUUGGGGAGCACAGCUAGAUGUUUGGGCAGCAUACCGAGAUUCUUCAGGAGCACAGCGAGAUGUUAGGGGAGCAUACCGAGAUUCUACGGGAGCACAGCGAGAUGUUAGAGGAGCAUACCGAGAUUCUACGGGAGCACAGCGAGAUGUUAGAGGAGCAUACCGAGAUUCUUUGGGAGCACAGCGAGAUGUUAGGGGAGCAUACCGAGAUUCUUCAGGAGCACAGCAAGAUGUUAGGGGAGCAUACCAAGAUUCUUUGGAAGUGCAGCAAGAUGUUAGGGGAGCAUACCGAGAUCCUUUGGGAGCACAGCAAGAUGCUGGGGCAGCAUACCAAGAUCCUUUGGGAGCACAGCAAGAUGCUGGGGCAUCAUACCGAGAUUCUUCUGGAGCACAGCGAGAUGUUAGGGGAGCAUACCAAGAUCCUUCGGGAGCACAGCGAGAUGCUUGGGCAGCACACGGAGAUUCUUUGGGAGCACAGCCAGAUGUUUGGGGAGCAUGCCAAGAUCCUUCGGGAGCAGAGCGAGAUGCUUGGGCAGCACACGGAGAUUCUUUGGAAGCACAGCAAGAUGUUUGGGGAGCAUGCCAAGAUCCUUCGGGAGCACAGCGAGAUGCUUGGGCAGCAAACCGAGAAUCUUCGGGAGCACAGCCAGAUGUUUUGGGAGCAUACCAAGAUCCUUCGGGAGCACAGCAAGAUGCUUGGGUAGCACACGGAGAUUCUUCGGGAGCACAGCCAGAUGUUUGGGGAGCAUACCAAGAUCCUUCGGGAGCACAGCGAGAUGCUUGGUCAGCACACGGCGAUCCUUCGGGAGCACAGCCAGAUGUUUGGGGAGCAUACCAAGAUCCUUCGGGAGCACAGCCAGAUGUUUGGGGAGCAUACCAAGAUCCUUCGGGAGCACAGCGAGAUGCUUCGGCAGCACACGGAGAUUCUUCGGGAGCACAGCCAGAUGUUUUGGGAACAUACCAAGAUCCUUCGGGAGCACAGCGAGAUGCUUCGGCAGCACAUGGAGAUUCUUCGGGAGCACAGCCAGAUGUUUGGGGAGCAUACCAAGAUCCUUCAGGAGUACAGCGAGAUGCUUGGGCAGCACACGGAGAUUCUUCGGGAGCACAGCGAGAUGCUUGGGCAGCACACGGAGAUUCUUCGGGAGCACAGCCAGAUGUUUUGGGAGCAUACCAAGAUCUUUCGGGAGCACAGAGAGAAGCUUGGGCAGCACACGGAGAUUCUUCGGGAGCACAGCCAGAUGUUUGGGGAGCAUACCAAGAUCCUUCGGGAGCACAGCGAGAUGCUUGGGCAGCACACGGAGAUUCUUCGGGAGCACAGCGAGAUGAUUGGGCAGCACACGGAGAUUCUUCGGGAGCACAGCCAGAUGUUUGGGGAGCAUACCAAGAUCCUUCGGGAGCACAGCAAGAUGCUUGGGCAGCAAACCGAGAUUCUUCGGGAGCACAGCCAGAUGUUUGGGGAGCAUACCAAGAUCCUUCGGGUGCACAGCGAGAUGCUUGGGCAGCACAUGGAGAUUCUUCGGGAGCACAGCCAGAUGUUUGGGGAGCAUACCAAGAUCCUUCGGGAGCACAGCGAGAUGCUUGGGCAGCACAUGGAGAUUCUUUGGGAGCACAGCCAGAUUUUUGGGGAGCAUACCAAGAUCCUUCAGGAACACAGCGAGAUGCUUCGGCAGCACACGGAGAUUCUUCGGGAGCACAGCCAGAUGUUUGGGGAGCAUACCAAGAUCCUUCGGGAGCACAGCCAGAUGUUUGGGGAGCAUACCAAGAUCCUUCAGGAACACAGCGAGAUGCUUCGGCAGCACACGGAGAUUCUUCAGGAGCACAGCCAGAUGUUUGGGGAGCAUACCAAGAUCCUUCGGGAGCACAGCAAGAUGCUUGGGCAGCACACAUAGAUUCUUCGGGAGCACAGCCAGAUGUUUGGGGAGCAUACCAAGAUCCUUCGGGAGCACAGCGAGAUGCUUGGGCAGCACAUGGAGAUUCUUCGGGAGCACAGCCAAAUGUUUUGGGAGCAUACCAAGAUCCUUCGGGAGCACAGCGUGAUGCUUGGGCAGCACACGGAGAUUCUUCAGGAGCACAGCCAGAUGUUUGGGGAGCAUACCAAGAUCCUUCGGGUGCACAGCGAGAUGCUUGGGCAGCACACGGAGAUUCUUCGGGAGCACAACCAGAUGUUUCGGGAGCAUACCAAGAUCCUUCGGGAGCACAGCGAGAUGCUUGGGCAGCAAACAGAGAUUCUUCCGGAGCACAGCGAGAUGUUUGGGGAGCAUACCGAGAUCCUUUGGGAGUAUACCGAGAUGCUUGGGGAGCACACCAAAAUCCUUCGGGAGCACAGCAAGAUGCUUGGGCAGCACACCGAGAUUCUUCGGGAGCACAGCCAGAUGUUUGGGGAGCAUACAAAGAUCCUUCGGGAGCACAGCGGGAUGCUUGGGCAGCACACAGAGAUUCUUCGGGAGCACAGCCAAAUGUUUUGGGAGCAUACCAAGAUCCUUCGGGAGCACAGCGUGAUGCUUGGGCAGCACACAGAGAUUCUUCAGGAGCACAGCCAGAUGUUUGGGGAGCAUACCAAGAUCCUUCAGGUGCACAGCGAGAUGCUUGGGCAGCACACGGAGAUUCUUCGGGAGCACAGCCAGAUGUUUCGGGAGCAUACCAAGAUCCUUCGGGAGCACAGCGAGAUGCUUGGGCAGCACACAGAGAUUCUUCCGGAGCACAGCAAGAUGUUUGGGGAGCAUACCAAGAUCCUUUGGGAGUAUACCGAGAUGCUUGGGGAGCACAGCGAGAUGCUUGGGCAGCACACCGAGAUUCUUCGGGAGCACAGCCAGAUGUUUGGGGAGCAUACCAAGAUCCUUUGGGAGCACAGCGAGAUGCAUGGGCAGCACACCGAGAUUCUUCGGGAGCACAGCCAGAUAUUUGGGGAGCAUACAAAGAUCCUUUGGGAGCACAGCGAGAUGCUUGGGCAGCACACGGAGAUUCUUCCGGAGCACAGCAAGUUGUUUGGGGAGCAUACCGAGAUCCUUUGGGAGCAUACCGAAAUGCUUUGGGAGCACACCAAAAUCCUUCAGGAGCACAGCGAGAUGCUUGGGCAGCAAACCGAGAUUCUUCUGGAGCACAGCCAGAUGUUUGGGGAGCAUACCAAGAUCCUCUGGGAGCACAGCGAGAUGCUUGGGCAGCACACCGAGAUCCUUCCGGAGCACAGCCAGAUGUUUGGGGAGCACACCAAGAUUCUUUGGGAGCAUACCGAGAUGCUUGGGGAGCAAACCAAAAUGUUUAUGGGGCAGUUGGAGGUGAUGGAAGCUCUUCUGUGCAUGUUCCUCUUUGCUUCCCAGUCUGCAAUGAAGGCUUUACUUUCUCUGACCAAGGAUAUGACAAUUACCAUAAUUCCUGCAAUAAUCAGCCAGUGUGUAAUGGCUAUUGUGGAGAUUAUUUUGUUGGAUAUAACUAUGGAACCCGUGAUUUAGGACCUACAUUUACUAAUUACCAUGUGCAACUAAACCAGGCCACUCCUCUUGGUAGCUCUUACCAGGGAAUUUACCAGCUAUUCUGAAGCUGAAGGAUGAAGAUGACUCCGCAGAACCACACUGUUCUUGAAUGAAAAGUUACGAUAGUCAUGGGAAAUGACUGCAUAAACUGUUUUUGAAGAUGUUGUCACUAUUUCUUCCUGAACUGUUACCAGCUGUUUCUAAGCACCAAUUAUUUUUCCAUGACCCUUUGACAUUGGAACUGAGACAGAACACACGAUUUGAGACUUUUGUUUGUUUGUUUCAUUGAAGUUAACGUUUUCUGAAAAAUAAAUGUUUACUGGCAUUAUUUGAAA